AUGUAAAUAAAUGAACCCAAAGCCAUUCUGUUUAAUAAACUGUAUGAAAGAGAUGUUUGCAUCAGAUGUAUAUUGAGACUGUUCAAAAUUACAGAGAUAAACUUAUAUAGAGAGACUAAAGGAUUCAUUUAAUUACUAUUUGAUGUCGGAAAAUUGAUUGGGAAUGAGAAUAAAUUAGUAGAAGAUUAUGAUCUCUUAUUCUAUAAAAGAAAGGCGGAGAUUGUGGAAUCUGAUGUAUUACCUUUGACUUGUCACUCUUCAUUAAAGGAUUAAUUCAUUAAGAAUCCCUUUCACAUCUUUGAUAAAAUUAAUAAAUGUGUGAUAUGUUAAGGAAUAUUGUAAUGUUUGGAGGAUUAAAAAUUCUACGCAAUGUUAGUAGAUGAGAUAUUAUAAAAACAAUAUUAAUAUGAAGCAUUUAAAUUGUAAGUGAAAACUCCUGUUGGCUAAUAAAUCAGAUAAAUACUGAUAGUGAAUGAAUGCAUUUCAGAGAUUGGCUAGAAUGAUCCAUUUUAUGAAUACAUCAGUACUUCAAAUGUUGCAAUAGACAUUAAGGCUUGUGUAAAGUGGAUUAUGUGUAAUCCUUUAAGUGAGUCACUAAAAGUUCCUAGUGACAUAAAUGAUGAUCGAUUUUAAAUUAGUUUAAAUUUUGAGAGUAUUGGAGAUGAUGUUAAAUAAUUUGAAUAAUUCAAAGACAUAAUUUAAGAAAUAGAUGAUCAAAAAUGGUAGGAGAAAAUGAUUAAGAAAUUAAAAAUGAAUGAUCCUUAAUUGAAGACAGAAACUGAAAAUCGUUUAUUGUAAAAGAAAAAUCAACAAUCUUAAACAUUUUUGCCUACUUAAAAUAAUUUGGAGAAAAUAUCGAAAUUAAACAAUGCCUAAUUAUCCUAAUUUAAAAUAAUUAAUGUGAAUUAUCCAGUUAAGUUAGAAGUGACAACCAGUUAUUAGAAUAUUUUUAUCUAAGGAAAUUACAUCAAAUUAGGGAGGUACAUAAGCUAGACUCCAUGGUAUAUAGGUGGAAAUAGAAUUUAUGAAGAUUCUGUUGAAGAUUUGGUAAGUGCCGAAGCAUGUAAGAUAUUUAAGUCUUCAAGUGUAAAGUUUCAUUCUGGAGGCAGGGAAGAUAUCGAUGUAAGAAUGUUAGGGAAUGGUCGACCUUUUGCUAUUGAAUUAGUUGACCCUCAUCUUGGACUAUAGAAUUAGACCUAAGAAAUUCUUAAUCAAAUAGAAUCUAAGAUCAAUUCAUAAAAUGUUGUAAAGGUUACUCCAUUAACUUUUACCGAUACAAACAUCUUUGGAGAAUUAAAGAAUUCUGAAAUAAAUAAGGUUAAAGCUUAUUGUUGUGUGGUUGAGUGUAAAAAUAUCAUCAAUGGAGAUCUUGUCUAAUAAGCGAAUUAAAUAAAAGAUUUAGUCAUAAAAUAGAAAACACCAAUCAGAGUUUUACAUAGAAGAACUUAAAUGGUGAGAGAUAAGAUAAUCCAUUCGUUAUUGAUCAAAUAGAUUAAUGAGAAAUGGCUUUAGGUUUAUGUACUUAGCAGUGCUGGUACUUACAUAAAGGAAUUUAUUCACUCAGAUCUGGAUAGAACUGUUCCAAAUUUAUGUUCAUUACUACAGAAUGAAUGCGAUAUUUAUUAAUUGGAUGUGAUCAAAUUGUAUGAAAAAAUUGAUGAAGAUGUUAUUAUUAAUUUUAAAAGUAUAGAUGCAGAAUGUGGAAGCAAAGUUUGA